AUGGCGGCCCUAACCAGGUCGUAUAACGGCGGAGGGAAUUCUGGGAAUGUAGACUCCGGUAGGUUCACAGGUUGGUCACCGGUGCAGCAUCCAUCGCAACAGCAGUCUGGUGGCACAGACGGGGCUCGUCAUUGCAACUUCUGGCGGCGGGAUGGCAGCUGUAAGCAUGGAGACUGUUGCAAGUUUCUGCACUCCGAGUCACUCAACGUCACAGGCAUGGAGACCAGGGCAUGUUCAUUCUGGCGCAAUGGUACUUGCAAGUUUGGCAGGAGCUGCAGGUACUUGCAUACAGAUGUGAAGAAAGCUCCCUGCAAAUCUUGGGAGAGUAGAAGCGUCUGCAGAAAUGGAGAGGAAUGUCGGUUUGAGCAUGGAGAGCUGCCCAACUGUGCGCAGUUUUUGGCGGGGAAGGGGUGUCGCAAAGGUUGCAAUUUCAAGCAUCCAGCGCCAAACGGAGAGGUGCCACUGUGUGGAAAAUUGGUGGCCGGUUUUCAGUGCAGCGAAGGCUGCAAGCUCAAGCACCCAACUCCGAGGCUGAUCAUGCUGCACGUGCGCGGCAUAUCCGGGGUGGAGCUUCUGCGUGACUUCAAGAUCUCGGAGUUUGAGAGGCUGGCCACAAUGUAUAACCUCAUCGCGGAGAAACUGCCGGGUGAAAAGCAGUGCUUGGAACUCCUUCAUGGAACUGAACGCCUGCACUGGCUUGACACAGCGUGCACGGCAAGCCUAUCUGACGGAGACGACCUUACCGCAGUUGUUGGCUUCUUCUGCAUCGAGUGUGGAGGCAACCACGAGGUCCCAGAACCCACCUGCUAUCACCAGGGAAUUUCGCAGAACACGCCCGGGCGGCGUGGUGGGUGGGUUCCCCCAUAUGAUGGCAUGUCUGGCAGCUGGAAUUGUUGUGGGUGCGACGAUGAAUCCAACAAGUUGUGUUCCAAUCACUACAGCAGACUUUGCUCAUGCAGAACUGAUAAUGCAUGA